GAGAGUCCAUCAGUCAGCCUGUGCUGUGCUGUCUGAGCUGUGCUCCCAGCAUACUGUUUGCUUGUGAGCUGUAUGUAAAGUGCUGGGACUGGCACCCCUGGGAGAGCUCUGUUUAUUUAGGACUUCAUGAAUCCAAUCAGGACUUGCUGCAGUUUUCAGGCAGAGCUCUAAGAGGCGCCUCCUCCCUCCCUGGGCUGUAAUCAGGUUUAGGAGCCAUCACCACUAGCCACCCAGACCUGCCCUGUGUCUGCCACACUGGAUCUCUGGACUGAAGUGCGACCCAUGGACUCCACCAGCAGCACACAAUAGGGUACAAGCAGCCCAGCAGCCAUUCCCACACGGCUGGCAGCACCCAUCCCUGUAAGGCACCCAGCGCCCUCUCCAUUACAGCCCCCAACCUGGAUGGACCUCCAUGAGGACUCCUGGGCCGAAGUCAAGAGGCUGAAUCCAGGAAGCUCCUUCUUCACUUCCAAAAUUAAAGGGACUGACAGCUCUUCGUCAUCCCCCUCUUCCUGUUCCCAAGGAGACCUGAGCUGUAAUAAGACCCAGCAGUUUGAGACUGAAAGGACCGCUCAAGUCCAAGAGGCCAGAUCACCGAACUCUUACCAUCACCACCACCACCACCACCUUGGUCUUUCUCAUCUUUCCUCUUUGCCCAGUCCGGAAGAUCUCAUACUCUUCAGGGAUUUAGACCACAUAAACAAGCUCAUUUUACCCAACAGAGACUCAAGGUUUGGAGGUUUACCUGAGCCCUCAGGGGACAUGUAUCAGACAUUGACCAUCACAGCUGCCCAAGGGCCAGUGGGCUAUGAAAGUUCUCCAGCAAGCUUCAUGCACUCCUCAGCCAGCUCUCCAGUUUAUGUCCCCACCACCAGGGUAGGCUCCAUGCUCACCAGCAUCUCCUACCUUCAGGGGACAGGGGCCUCUCAGGGCACACACUCUGUGAACAAUCACUCUGUAUGGUCACAACCAACCUCUGAGAGCCCCUCAUACAACAGCAGCAGCCCCCACCCCUCCAACAGAUACCAUUAUUCUCCAAGCCCUCCCAUUGCCAAUGGUUCCACCAGGGAUGGUGGCUACAGCAAUGGUCUCAAUGUGAAUGGCAGAGAUCAGUAUACACCUUUGACCCGGUCUUUUAAUGGAUCCUAUCCCAGUCAUUACUCGCCUUACAUGACCCCACCGUUGACUUCAGCAUGGUCAACAGGGCAUUUCGAUAGCCCCAUGCUCCACAGCCUGCAAGGUAGGCCAUCGCCUAUCCAAAUGAGAGGAGCAGUUGGAGAUGUACUGGACGAGAUGCCAGAGAGCAGGGAGUGUGUGAACUGCGGCUCAGUGCAGACCCCCCUUUGGAGACGGGAUGGCACCGGCCACUAUCUGUGCAAUGCCUGUGGGCUGUACAGUAAGAUGAAUGGGCUGAGCCGGCCCCUUAUCAAACCCCAGAAGAGAGUGCCUUCUUCAAGGAGGAUUGGCUUGGCCUGUGCCAACUGUCAUACCUCAACGACUACGCUUUGGCGUAGAAACACAGAAGGGGAACCAGUGUGCAAUGCUUGUGGGCUAUACAUGAAACUGCAUGGGGUCCCACGACCAUUGGCGAUGAAGAAGGAAGGUAUUCAGACAAGAAAGCGUAAACCAAAGAACCUUAACAAAUCAAAGUCCUCUUCUAGUAACGGUACCAGCAACCACCAAGUACCCAUGACUCCAACUUCCACCACAUCAUCCACAAACUCUGAUGACUGUGGUAAGAAUGGUUCUCCCAUUAACAAUCAAAGCACGGCUUCUGAGGUUGGUUCAUCGAUGAUGUCUUCUCAAAGUGGGAACAACAGCCCUGAUAAUAAUGCACUAAAAUACACAGGUCAAGAUGGGAUGUAUUCUGCAGUCAGUCUCAGCUCAGCGUCUGAAGUUUCCGCCUCCGUCAGACAGGAUCCCUGGUGUGCUUUGGCUUUGGCUUGACAAUCUUCACAGUAAAAAUGGUCUUGGCACAAGUCUGUUUUUUUUUACAUUUUCACACGUCCUUGUUUGUCUUUUGCUUCUCAAAAAGAAAUGCUCGUUGGACAUUUCCAUGGACUUUCUAAAAUGUUUUGUGCCUUGAUUUUUGGAAGAGUUUUGUGAAUAAUGUUGUAUAGCUCUUCAUCUAUGCAAGAGGAAGGAGACCCAAGAGAAGCAAAUCUUCCAUAAUUUUAUCCUUUAAGACGAAUGGCCUUCCUUGCUCAGAUGGAAGCAAUAACUAUUGUUUAAACAAUGCCUUCGUACUCCAGCACGCAUUGAGAUAUGCUGCCUUCUAGAAGGACAUUUCACGCCAGGUGUCAAGAUUUCUCGCGACUGCCCAAGAUAUAAACAUUCUACAGCUCCCACCAGCAUAGCAGAUGAAAUCAACACUGGCACAUGGUCACAAUGGCACAUUGUCACUCCUGCCUUAAAGGAAGCCAUUGAAUUACCAUGAACUUCCACUGUUUUUACUAUUGGGUGGACUUUUGGGCAGUGCAGAUAUUUACCUACUUAAAUAACAAUACACCACCACCUGUUGGAUAGAUGCAUAAAGAACGACACAGAGAGAAUGUUGCAGAUUGAACUUAUCAUGCAUUAUAACAUUGUGUUUUCAUUUUCAUCAACGUACAGAGACCUGACUUCCAUCUUUCAAAAACAGGGGCUGGCUGGUAGAUUUCUAUUUAGGGCAUUAAAACAUGAGAUAAAAAGCCCUAUCUAUUGUUUAUAUACCAGUGAAAGGAAACAUCUGGGUGAUUUGUUAGGUAUAUGUAACGGAGUCCUGGGCAAGAUUCUUUCUACAAGUCCAGCUAAAAUAACACAUACAGGGUUAUACACUAACGUGAAAAUUGUCGGGAAUUCAAAGUGAAUUUAAUAUUUAAGUUCAGAGAAGCCAAACUGGAUGUAUUGCUGACUGGUAGAUUUUUUUCCAGUUCGGCUAUUUUACCCUUAAUUUUUUUUAAUUCCUAUUGAAUUCAAUAUGAACCUUGACAAUUCUAAGUUCAGUGAAUGACCCCGUUAGAGAUGCUUUGGUUUUGGGACAACUGCCCUUCUCCCUGGAUUUUCUGAAGUACUCCUGGGUUAUAGUAAUAUAAUAAUAAGUGUAAAAUAAGUCCCUGCUUAAUCCUAAAAUGAAAAUAAUUGUAAUUUAAUAUUUAUACAUGUUUUCGCCGUGAAAAAAAAUCUGCUCAUCUACACGCUCCAUUCAUUUGCACAAUUUGCGUAACAGACACUGAACAACCAUCAAUCAUUAGCCAUUGGGCUGCUCGCUGUUCAUUUACGAACAUAGCCUCCAUGUCUACUUAGAGCACACAAAGCACAAGCACGCCUACGAAAUAAUAGUUCACCUCUGACUGUAUCUUUUAAUUGCGAAAGAAUCACAUGCAAUCACUAACACACACUGAUGCACACACACACACUGACCCUUUCAGGGACAUUUUCCAGAAUUGAUUUGGCAGUUUAUAGCAGUAGAUCACGUGUUUAAGCUAUAUCAUUUUUCUGAUUGCACAGACACCUUUUUCUUUUGCCCAGUACAGAAGUUCAGGAAUGGAAGAAAGGCUACUGCUCACCUAAAUCAUACAAAUGAGACAAGCCCAAGGGGACAACUGCUCUGAGGCCAGCCUGCCCCUGUUAAUCAGUGAACAACAUAGUAGGAACUUAGCUUUCAAAUAUGGUCUACCAAAGCAGGGAAUGAGGAACAGAAGUCUUUAUGUGGUACACGCUCAUGAGUCUAGGAUUUCUGAUUUAAGUUCAGAAUAUGCAUCAAUCACCAUGUCCAACUUUUUUCGUUUUUGAGUUUAUACUAUUGGACUGUUUUUUUUUCAGUCUCAAUUUGCAUACAGGGUAGCAAACGAUUCUUUUUCUUCCAUAUAUACAAUAUUUUUGUAAAGAGAAAAAAAAUGCAAUUUUUAUUGCAUUAAUCAGUGUUAAAUCAUUUACAUACGAUUUAACAACUUUUUGUAACGAAUGUAAACUUUUUAACUUAAUGGUACUUUUAAUAAUUUAAAUAAUAAUGUUGAGCUGGUAUUCUUGCAAAUUAUCCAGAUUGCGACAAAGGCAUCCCAUACAUGAUUUAAAUUUGUAUAUUUUUUUUUUUCUAAGAACAAAUCUUCUCAGGAAAAUGGUCUUUCUUAUUGUGUUUUAUAGAAACAGCUAGCAGACCCCACUACCUAUUUUGCUGUUGAAAUUCAGCAGGCAAGAAACUGUAAUAGAUCUGAAAAAUGUUUAAGAUAAAUUUGUAGAUAUUCAUGAAGAUAAGCACCACAGUUCUGUGACUGACACAUUGUUUAAGUUUUAUUUUAUAUUUUUGUUUUAAUUUUUGUUUUCCUCAUUUUCCAUGGGAUGUUGUUUUGAAGGUUGCCUUAACAGAGCUUUAAAAAAUAAAAAAAAAUGUUAUUGUUUUUAA